GCAGUCCGCUCGCGCUGAGACUACACUGAUCUUGCGCGUGUGUUUCCACACAGCCGCGCGCGCACAGACGCGACUUUCCUGGAGCUGCUUUAAUCACGGCGUGAUUUUUUCUUUCUUUCUUCCUCCUUGCUGUUUUUCGUAUGCACUCAGAGCUCAAGCAAAGGAAGAAGCCUGGACACACGGACGAAGCCGCUUCUUCUUCCUCUUCUUCUUCAUUCAUUCAGCCUGCGGGAGAGAGAGAGAGAGAGAGAGCGCGCGCGAUGCGGCCGCGCCGCCGGAGACACGGUGAGCGCCUGUGAUACAGAGAGAGAGAGAGAGAGAGCGUGAGAGAGAAAGAGAAAGAGAUGUACGCGUGACGCUUUUUCACAAACAACCGGACACUUGUUUGGGGUUUUUUUUUACCCCCCACCACGCAUCUUGUUAAAAAAACUCAAAAAAGCUCAGUUUCUACCUACUGGACUUGAGCUCGUGCGGCGCUUGGAGACGAACCCGAAGGUGCAGCGACGCGUUCCGGUUUCCUUCAGUUACCGGCGCUCACCUGCGUGCUGCGUUUUGCGCGCUUUCUUUUACAAACAAAAACACAACAGUAUUUACAUUUAAAAAAAAAAAAAAAAAACAAUCUCUCUCUCUCUUUUUUGUGCAUUAUGCGUUUUUAACAUAUGCACACACUUUUUUCACCCCCCCCACCCCCUCGCUGAGAUCUUCCUGAUGAUCAAUCAUUUAAUCAUUUUCUCCAUCUUUCGUGCGCGCGCACUCUCAUUAACGGCUAAACCAUCAUCAUAAUAAUACUUUAAAAAAAAGAGAAAGAAACCUUCAAGGAACGGACGAGAAACAUCACUGGACAGGCUGAAAGGAUUAUCGCAGUGCAGCGAUCCAAGUGGUGUUUUUUUUUUUUGUUGUUGUUUGUUUUUGUCCAUACGGAUCAAGGAGAGUCCAUCCACCUGACCAGUCUGUAUAUAUAUAUAUAUAUAUAUAUAUAUAUAUAUUUAAGAGAAAGAGAUAUAAGGGGAUCGUAGGAAGUGGACUUUGGUUUGACCUUUGCUCUGACUGUGCUUGGAAGUUUACACACCUGUGUAUAUCUUAGAAAAGGACACACACACACACACACAGGUGACGCCGUAGCCGCCUACAACUUUCCCCAGCUUCAGCUCAGUCUGUUUGCCUCCACCAGCCAGAUCUGAUACCUGUAUUGGCCAAAAAGGAGCAAAAAAAAAGGGGUGGGGCCAUGUGGGCGCUUCGGAUGCUCCUGUUGGCCAGCCUGCUGGGCCCUGCGUCUCUGGCGUUUAGCCGUGCCCCAGUGCCCAUGGCCGUGGUGCGACGAGAGCUAUCGUGCGAGAGUUACCCCAUCGAGCUACGCUGUCCCGGCACGGACGUCAUCAUGAUCGAGAGCGCCAACUACGGACGCACGGACGACAAGAUCUGCGACGCCGACCCUGCGCAGAUGGAGAACACGCGUUGCUACCUUCCAGAUGCUUACAAGAUCAUGAGCCAGAGAUGUAAUAACAGGACACAGUGUGCAGUCGUAGCUGGGCCUGAUGCAUUCCCAGACCCCUGCCCAGGAACCUACAAGUAUUUGGAAGUUCAGUACGAGUGUGUGCCAUACAUCUUCCUGUGUCCAGGCCUCCUAAGGGGUGUGUACCAAAGCGAGCACUUGUUUGAGUCUGAUCACCAGUCCGGCGCGUGGUGUAAAGACCCUCUGCAGGCCUCGGAGAAGAUCUACUAUAUGCCGUGGACCCCAUACCGCACAGACACCCUGACCGAGUACUCCAGCAAGGAGGACUUUAUCGCAGGACGACCCACGACUACGUACAAGCUGCCCCACCGGGUGGAUGGCACAGGCUUUGUAGUCUAUGACGGCGCUCUCUUUUUCAACAAGGAGCGCACGAGGAACAUUGUCAAGUUUGACCUGCGUACACGCAUCAAGAGCGGUGAGGCUAUCAUUGCUGGUGCCAACUACCAUGACACAUCACCUUACCGCUGGGGUGGAAAGUCAGACCUGGAUCUGGCUGUAGAUGAGAAUGGACUGUGGGUGAUCUACGCUACUGAACAGAACAGCGGUCGCAUCGUGGUCAGCCAGCUGAACCCCUACACGUUGCGCGUGGAAGGUACUUGGGACACGGCCUACGAUAAACGUUCAGCCUCCAAUGCUUUCAUGAUUUGUGGCGUUCUCUACGUGCUCCGGAGCGUCUACGAGGACGACGACAGUGAGGCCACUGGCAACAGGAUCGACUACAUCUACAACACGGAGCUUUCCAAAGAUGGCUACCUAGACAUCCCUUUUCCCAACUCGUACCAGUACAUCGCCGCAGUAGAUUACAACCCCAGAGACAACCUACUCUACGUCUGGAAUAACUAUCAUGUGGUUAAAUACUCUCUGGAUUUUGGGGCACUUGACACUCGACCAGAGUCGUCUUCGUCGGUUCACGUCUUCAUGGACACCACCACCACCACCACCACCAGGACGACCACCAACCCGACUACAGUGUCCACAGCCGCCACCUCUACCACUACAACCACCACCUCUAGCUCUACCAGAUCCCCGGCUCUUAGCGUGUUCACUCCGAGGGCGCACACUACCACCGUUGAGCUCCGAUCUCCGGGAGGCGCAGGGCCCCUUUCCAGUACACGCCCACCUCCUUCCUCUGUCCUGCCCAACUACGCUGCGGAGUUCUGUAACCCGACUGUGGAGGCGGAGCUAACCUGGCCCAAAACUCGCCAGGGCAUCACCGCUACACAGCUAUGCCCCUUCGGAACAAUAGGCAAUGCCUCCUUUGCGUGCAUGGGUCCCGAAGGCUUGUGGGAUCUCCAGGGUCCUGAUCUCAGCAACUGCACUUCAUCUUGGGUGAACAUCAUUAGCCAGAAGAUCCGAGCCGGAGAUCCUGCGGCCAUCAUCUCACGUGAGCUGUCAGAGCAUACCAAGAACCGCAUCCACUCCGGCGACAUCACUUAUACAGUGCGAGCUUUAGGCCAGCUAGUGGACCUGCUGGACGUCCAGCUGCGCAACCUCACUCCCGGGGGCAAAGACAGCGCCGCUCGCAGUCUCAAUAAGCUGCAGAAAAGGGAGCGCUCCUGCCGCUUUUUCGUACAGGCGAUGGUGGAGACGGUGAAUAACCUGCUGCAGCCUCAGGCGCACUCGGCCUGGAGAGCGCUGUCAGCAGGGGAGCAGCUGCGAGCCGCAACCAUGCUGCUGGACACGGUGGAGCAGGGUGCCUUCGUGCUGGCCGACAAUCUGCUCAAGACCGACGUCGUCCAGGAGAACACCAACAACAUCCAGCUGGAGGUGGCUCGGAUGAGCACAGAUGGCAACCUCCCAGAUCUGAAGUUUCCUCAGACUGGAGACCAAAGCAACUCCAUCCACCUGUCUGCUAACACCCUUAAACAACAUGGCAGGAACGGCGAGAUCCGCAUGGCGUUUGUGCUUUAUAAGCACCUGGGAACGUACCUGUCCACGGAAAACGCCAGCAUGAAGUUCAGCAGCGAGGCUCUCAGCACCAACUACACCGUCAUCGUCAACUCGCCCAUCAUAACGGCUGCUAUCAACAAAGACAGCAAUAAAGUCUACCUGUCAGAUCCUGUCGUAUUCACGGUGCGACACAUCCAGCAGUCGGAAGAGAACUUCAACCCAAACUGCUCGUUCUGGAGCUACUCCAAGCGCAGCAUGUCGGGCUUCUGGUCUACGCAGGACUGCCGUCUCCUCGCUACCAACCGCACGCACACCACCUGCUCCUGCACACACCUGACCAACUUUGCUGUGCUCAUGGCCCACGUCGACGUCAAGAGUGCAGACCCGGUGCAUGACCUGUUGCUGAAUAUGAUCACAUGGGUGGGUAUCCUGCUGUCGCUAGUCUGCCUGCUCAUCUGCAUCUUUACCUUCUGCUUCUUCCGAGGCCUGCAGAGCGACCGCAACACCAUCCACAAGAACUUGUGCAUUUCACUGUUCAUCGCCGAGACGCUCUUCCUGACAGGCAUCAACCGCACCGACCAGCCUAUCGUCUGCGCCGUGUUUGCCGCUCUGCUGCAUUUCUUCUUCCUGGCGGCGUUCACGUGGAUGUUUCUGGAAGGCGUGCAGCUCUACAUCAUGCUGGUGGAGGUCUUUGAGAGCGAACAUUCCCGCAAGCGCUACUUCUACCUGGCAGGCUACGGCAUCCCGGCUCUUGUCGUGGCCGUAUCUGCUGCCGUGGACUACAGAAGCUACGGCACGGAGAGAGUGUGCUGGCUGCGUCUGGACACGUAUUUCAUCUGGAGUUUUAUUGGGCCUGCCACUCUAAUCAUUAUGCUCAACGUAAUAUUCCUGGGCAUCGCCUUGUACAAAAUGUUCCACCACACGGCCAUCUUGAAGCCCGACUCCGGCUGCCUGGACAACAUUAAAUCGUGGGUGAUCGGUGCGAUCGCUCUGCUGUGUUUGCUGGGUCUGACCUGGGCUUUCGGUCUCAUGUACGUCAACGAAAACACGGUCAUAAUGGCCUACCUGUUCACCAUCUUCAACUCGCUGCAGGGCAUGUUCAUCUUCAUCUUCCACUGCGUGCUACAGAAAAAGGUGCGUAAGGAGUAUGGCAAGUGUUUGCGGACUCACUGCUACGGCGGCAAGAGCGUGGAUUCCUCUAUGGGCUCGAGCAAAAGCUCAGGCUCCCGUGCACCUGGUCGCUAUUCCUCUAGCUCGCAGGUCCACCACCAGCCUUGUAUGACAAACUGCUCACAGUUACAGUAUGAACAAAGUCGGAUUCGUCGGAUGUGGAACGAUACGGUGAGGAAGCAGUCGGAAUCAUCCUUCAUCACUGGCGACAUCAACAGCUCUGCUACCAUCAACAGAGGUGCUAUGGCCAAUCAUCUCAUCUCAAACGCUCUGCUGCGACCGCACGGUUCAAACAACCCCUAUAACACUUUAGUGGGGGACUCGACCGUGUAUAACAACCCCACUCUGAGCAUGUACAACACACAAGACCCCUACAGAGAGACAAAGGGAAUCUUGAACAAUGCCCGGGAUACAAGUGUCAUGGAUACUCUACCACUGAAUGGUAACCAUGGCAACAGCUACGGCCUGGCGGGUGCUGAUUACCUGAGCGAGUGCGUGCAAAUGAUGGAGCGCGGCGGCUACGGCGUCCCGCAUGCCACGCACCCGCAUACCCCGCUGGAGAAACGCAUACUCCAAGAGCUCACCUCUAACUACCUGCCCCCUUACCUGAACAACCAUGAACGCAACAACCUCGUCAACAAGCUCGUCAACAACGUCAGCAACAUCAGCAACGUCACUCACGUGAGCAACAUCGCCAACAUGAGCAAUGUCAGCAACAUGACCAACCUCGCCAACGUGAGCAACCUGGCAAACGUGAGUAAUCUCAGUAACAUGAACAAUAACGGAACUGUGGGCGGUGGGCGGGGCAAAGACGCAUCGGCUCCUCCUCUCAGCCUCACGCUCGACCUUGAUGACUCUCCAGCUUUCAUCCCUGAUGAGAGCUUGGGCCUCGAGUUGAUCCGUGACGAAUCCGACACCCCGUUGUUGCCGCAGCAACGGCCUACCCAUCACACCCAACCUCGACCUUCUUUUGGCUCCACCUCCUCCUCGUCUCGUCGCCGCCUCCCGCAGGAAAACAGUGAAAGCUUUUUUCCAUUGCUGACUGAAGAGCAGGGCGAUGAAACGCCCUCUCCAAGGAGAGACUCAGCCAGCCAAGAGCGGUCUGACACGCACACGUUGCCUCGCAGUGGAGGAGGAGGAGGAGGAGCAGGAGAGGAAGCACGUGAUCCCACCGAGAGCGAUGAUGUGUACUACAAGAGCAUGCCUAACCUAGGCUCCAAGAACCAUCUGCACCAGCUGCACUCUUACUACCACCUAGGCCGAGGUAGCAGCGAUGGCUUCAUCGGUCCCGCCAACAAGGACGAAGCUCCACCCACUGAAACCCCACAAGAGCCUGCCCAGCUCGUCACCAGCCUAUAGACGACCACCACACACACACACACACACUCUUACAACAACAUGACGUGGAGAUCAUUCCUCACAUCAUUUCCGUCGCUUUUUCCGUAACUGGUCAAUCGUCCGCAGUCGUAGACAUUUUCUUUUACGUGUUCUCAAAAAAACGAAACAAAACAAAAAAAAAAACUUUGCAGUUAUUAUUAUUAUAUUUUUUUUUUUGUAUUCUGACUGACCAAUCAGAUGGGAGGAUUGUAGACGUCUGGGUCUCAGACGUGACCCGAUGGAUUUUUUUUUUCUCCCUUCAGUGUGCAGUUUUAUUUCCCACAGACAGAAAGCGACCGUUGAGUCGAUAACGGAUUCCUGUGUUAUUCAGUGGGAUAAGCGAGAAAGAAAAAAAAUAGACUUAUCAAUGGAUUUACACAAACAGACUGAAACACUGAGGCGGCGCAUAGACUUGGUGCCAAAUGGAAAAAAAAAAUAAAACAGAUGGAAAACACUACAAAAACUAUUUUAAUACACUUCUUUAACCGACAUCCGCUUUUUAAAUGUUUCUCCUUCCUGUGCGAUGAGUCCGAUUCAGUCGUCCCAAACAAGUCGAGUGGAAAAAUGUGCAUUUUUUUGAACAUCGUUGCAAAGGAUGACUUUGCCAUAGGGCACUUUUUUUGUUUUAUUUUUUAAUUUUUUUGGAGUUGGAUUUUCGUUCUUUUUUUUUUUUGGCGUAUUAAUAACAAACAUUAAAAAAAAGAAGAAGAAGAAGGAGGGAAAAGAACUAAUAUCACAGAGAAUUCUAAGAUAUUUCUAUGUAAAUGUACAGCUACUAGCAUUACAGUCUGCAGUCUGCUUUUUUCCGUUCUCCUGUAAAAGCGUGGUGAUUUAGAAUCAGUUCUCUUCCUGACUGCUCUCGGUCCGGACUGCGGUUCUGCUCUCACGCUCUCUCUUUCGCCGUUUGAUUUGUACAUUUCACUUUAAGCGCCAAACCACAGAAAUUAAAAAAAAUAAAAAAUAAAUAAAUAAAA